AUAGCUUUGUAGAAAGCUUAAUUACCUAGGCUAUUCAACGUUGAGCUACUAAACGGACAAACAUAAACGACAAGACCUUUUCGUUUUCUUCCACUCCACACUUUCACUUUGGCGGGAGAGAUGUUAUUAUUAUUUGGGUUGAUCAUUGUUAGCGACCAUGCCCGAUAGAUUUGAGUUGCAUUUUCUUUAUGUGGCCAACUUAGCUUGAAUAAUAACGCGCGAAUGUUUGAAAUUGUUAUGACAAAAACGAAAGUGAGCUGGCAGUACUCGUCUCGUCUCGUUCUGUGCUCAUUUCAUCAGCCAGAAAAUAAAAUAAAGAAAACGAAUAAAAAAGAUGUACAGAAACAAACAUAAUAAUUGUCCUGAAACAGUAUACAGUGAAUCACAAAAUCGAACAUUUAUACGGGAACUUGAAGGAGGUGUUGUUAAGAAUGUAAUCAUUGGGUUGGUUAUUGCAAAGUAUGAAUCUCGUUCAUUUCCAGACAAGAAAAACUAUGGACAAAUGCGUUAUCAACUUGUUUUUGUGUUGCGAGACACAGCAGUUGACUUUAUUAAUGUAGUUUGCUGGGGUCAAGAAGAGUUUAUCAACAAUACAAGUCAGUUACUUAAGGUUGGAGAUAUAGUUGAAAUUGAAAAUUGCAUGAUACAGACAAAACCUUCAAGUGAUUAUGAAGAAAAAUACAGACCAACAACAACAAGUCCUUUUCAGAUUAACGUUAGUGAAAGUCAUUCAAAGAUUAGUCAGUUUAGUGGAACCGAUUUUACUGAGUUUAGUUCGAUUGCUUACAUACCUAUAAAAGAAAGCAAUGAUUAUUAUACAUUGGGUGAUAUCAUUGCUAAUGGUCAUAACUUGAAUGGUGCAAUAUUAAACCUGCUAGCUGUAGUGAAAGAUUCUGGUAUGACGAAGAACAUAACAACUCGUACAGGGAGACAAAUGAAAAGAAGGGAAGUGAAAUUAUUCGACGAUACUUGUUUGUCCUUUCCCAUGAUCAUAUGGGACGGUGAAAUUGCAGAUCAGGUGGACACGUGGACGCUGAAAGAGACUGUUUUAUUUAUAUCAGAUGUGAAAGUAAGCUUUGAAGAAUUUCGACAAAAGAUGGUAGCCACAUGCAUAUCGAAAACAAUCAUCAUUACUAAUCCAGAUAGCGCUGAAGCGCAUCAUUUGUUCAACUACGCGCAAAGCGUAAGCACGUUCGAAGAUGAUUCGUUGGAUGGAACGAACUUGGAAAUCGAUCCUGCUACUAUACAAGACGUGUACGAUCUGAAACAAGUUGAUGAAAAGUUAUCUGAUCCGUCUUCACUGCUCUCAACGCCAUUUUAUGGUGUCGUUUGUGCUUGCAUCAGCAGUUUCGACAUCGAUUGUGAGGGCAAAGAUAAAUUCGUCGUCACUCGUUGCACAUCUUGCAAGCGGCGCACUGACUUUAACAACAACCAGUGUAACGAUGACGCCAACCUAUGUACAAAUAGUGAGUGCGUGGGUAAGCAAGCCAAUUCUACAUCCAGAUCUUUUGAGAUCCGUCUCUCGUUAAGCGACUGUACCCAUGGUUUGGAUGGAUUUAUAAUGACGCGCGAUGUGGCUCAAAAAGCACUCGGCUGUGACGUUGAAACCUUUGUUCAACUCACGGAAAAAGAGAAAACUGAAUUAAAAUGGAAAUUUCUUCUGGAAAGAUAUCGAUUUUGCUUCAAGGGUGUACCGGCGGGACAGAACCGUAAGAAUCCAAGCCUGUCUAUUCUUUCAAUGGACCAAAUUAACGUGACCGAAUUGUUACAGCAUGAAAGAUGAAGAGGCAGUUUAUUUGGAUAUUGAAGAUUUCACGUUGUGUUUGUUGCAAAGUUAUUAAAUCUGGAAGUUUUGGGUUUCAAGUUUUUGUGCGCUCAUGAUGUAAAACAAAAAUAUUUACGAGAGCUUUUUUGGGGGUUUUAGCGCAAAUUUGCGCGCUAUGACACGUGAAUAUGCUUUACGCGUGUAUAGUUAAGUACGAUUCCGUGCGUGGUAAUUUUGGGCACAAAUGAAAAUAAAACGUAUAUUUUUGAAUAAUUUACAUUUCAAAAAUUGUUUUCGAAACUUUUUAUUUCCGCAAACUUAUUCACG